AUGGCCAAGGUGUUCAUGGAUGGCACCGGAGCGCAGGAGCUCAUAGGCUCGCCCAAGACGGUGCUCGCGGCGUCCAGCAGCGAGCUGGCAGCCAAUUUGUCGGACAGUCUCGUGGCCAUGGGCAUUCCGCAUUCGGCGUCGGACAAGGCGGUGGACCUCGGCGUCGACGCCGCCUCGGGCCGUCGCAGGGCGCGCGCCGUGGCGUCGGCUCGCAUCGCUGCUGGAGCCCGGCGUUGGAGGCUCAUCAUGAAGCUGCGGCGGGCCACUGCCAGACCCGCGGAGUGUCGAGGUUCGCGGGCGACGGGCGUGCUGCCGCAGUCGGUCUACGGCCGCCAGGUCAGCGGCGCUCCAUUUGGUUUGGUGCGGCAGCGACGACGACGACGGGCUGGCCAUGCUGUGGGUGGUGCUGCCCGCGGACGGUGCCUGGCGUCCGUGCUGGCGGCCGCUGUCGGGCUGCGCGACCCCCGCAUUGCCCUGCGGGUGCAGCUGGUGGCGUCGUGGUGCAGUCUUUGGUUCUCCAACGCGUCGCUGCGCGGCCGCAUUGAGCGGGCCUGGCCCUGGUUCCUCGGUGCCCUUCGGCGCGUUGGCAAGUGGCGCCAGGGGCGGUUCCGCGGUCCCAUGGGCGCGUGUCAGGCGACGUUGCUGGACAUGGGCUGGGGCCCGCGCGCGGCCGCGGUCUGGGCGCGCCCGACUGCGGAGGGCGCUGGCGAGUGGAGGCUGGUGGGCGCCGAGGACGAGGGCUUCCACGCAUGCGCCGACUUCGGCGGGGUGCUUCAGGCCGUCGAGGAGGAUCUCAGGCUCCGGCUGUGGCGGUCUGCGGCGUCGCGCCUGCGUGGGGGCGACCUCGUCGGUGGCGCUGACUUUCUGCGCGUCGGCCGCGAGAUCAAUUUGCUGGGGCGCGAGGAGGGCCGCGCGCGGUGCGGCUGCGCGGGCGAGACACUGCGGCGCAGGAUCUGGCAGUGUCCUGCGAUUGUGGGUGAGGUGUUCGUGUCCACCGCUGCCCUUGUGCCUCGGGCGCUCGCUGGACACGAGGCAUCGCCUGCCAUGUGCAUGCGCGGGGUGCCUAUAUCGUGCGCGACCGCUCCCGUCUUCUGCGACCAGAGGGUGGAGCAGAACGCGGUGUCCCUCGGCGCGGACAGCGUUCUGGGGUCGACGAGGCGCGACGACGGCUUCGUGGUGGUCUACGGCGACGGCUCAAGUGGGAAGUGCUCCGAUGACCCGGGGCGCAGGCGCUGCGCUACCAGCGUCGUGGCCAUGGGCCAGGACGAG